AUGGAAGGGGGAACUUUCAUCUCUCAAACUAAGUACUAUAGAGAGGUUCUUAAGAAAUUUGGAAUGGACAUAGCAAAGGAAGCAAACACUCCCAUCGGAACCUCUUUAUAUUUAGAUAAAGAUGAAUCAAGUAUUGAGUUUAACGAAACUAUGUUUAGAGAGGACGAGGACAAGGACGAAGAAGAGGACAACGACGAGGAAGAGGAUGAGGACGAGGAGGAAGAUGAGGACGAGGACGAGGACAAGGACAAGGUCGAGGAAGAAGAAGAAGAAGGGGACGAGAACAAGGACAAGGACGAGGACGAGCACGAGGAAGAAGACGAGGACGAGGACGAGGACGAGGACGAGGAGGAGGACGAGGAAGAGGACGAGAACGAGGACGAGGACGAGGAGGAGAAGAGGAAGAGGAAGAGGACGAGGAUAGGGACGAGGAGGAGAAAGAGGACAAGAGGAAGAGGAAGAGGACGAGGUCGAGACGACAAGGACGAGGACGAGAACAAGGGUGAGGACGAGGACGAAGACGAGGACAAGGACGAGGACGGAGACGAGGAUGAGGACGCGGACGAGGACGAGGUCGAGGAUAAGGGCGACAACGAGGGUGAGGGCGAGGACGAGGAAGAGGAAGAGGACGAGGACGAGGACGAGGACGAGGAAGAGGUCGAGGAAGAGGAAGAAGAAUGGGAAGAGGACGAGGAUAGGAACGAGGAGGAAGACGAGGACGAGAACAAGGACCAAGACGAGGAAGAGGACAAGGUCAAGGAAGAGGAAAAAGAAGGGGACGAGAAAAAGGACGAGGACGAGGAUGGGAAAGAGGGCAAGGAUGAAGACAAGGACAAGGAUGAGGACGAGGACGAGGACGAAGACGAGGACGAGGACGAGGACGAGGAUGAGAAUGUGGACGAGGAUGAGGACGAGGACGAGGACGAGGACAAGAACGAGGAUGAGCACGAGGACGAGGAUGAGAAAGAGGCCGAUGAUGAGGACGAGGACGAGGGGGACGAGGACGAGGACCAGAACGAGGACGAGGGCGAGGAUCAGGACCAGAACGAGGACAAGGACGAGGAAAAGGAAGAGGACGAGGAUAGGGACAAGGACGAGGACGUGGACGAGGAUGAGCACGAGGACGAGGACGAGGAUGAAGACGAGGACCAGGACAAGGAAGGGGGAGAGAGGACAAGGACGAGGACGAGGAUGAGGACAAGGACAAGGAGGACGACGUGGAUAAGGACAAGGACGAGGACAAGAACGAGGACGAGGACGAGGACGAGGGACGAGGACGAGGGUGAGAACGAGGACGAGGACGAGGACGUGGACGAGGACGUGAACGAGGAUGAGGAAGAGGAAGAGGACGAGGACGAGGACGAUGACAAAGACGAGAACGGGGACGAGAACGACAACGAGGACGAAGACAAGGAUGAGGACGAGGACGAAGACAAGGACGAGGAAGAGGAAGAGGACGAGGACGAGGAAGAGGACGAGGUCGAGGAAGAGGAAGAAGAAGGCGACGAGAAAAAGGACGAGGACGAGGAUGGGAAAAAGGACGAGGAUGAAGACAAGGACAAGGACGAUGACGAGGAUGAGGACGAGGAUGAGGACGAGGAUGGGAAAGAGGACGAGGAUGAGGACAAGGACGAGGCCGAGGACGAAGACGAGGACGGGGACGAGGACGAGGACGAGGACGAGGACAACAUCGAGAGGACGAGGACAAGGACGAGGAGGAGAAGAAGGAGGAUGAGGACGAGGACAAGGACGAGGACGAGGACGAGGACGAGGACAAGGACGAGGACGAGCACGACGACGAGGACGAGGAGGAGAAGAGGAAGAGACGGGGAUAAGAACGAGGACGAGGACGAGGACGAGGACGAGGAAAAGGUCGAGGAAGAGGAAGAAGAAGGGGACAAGAAAAGGGACGAGGAGGGGGAGGAGGACGAGGUCGAGGACAAGGACGAGGUCGAGGACGAGGACGAGGAUGAGGACGAGGACGAGGACGAGGACGAGGACGAAGACGAGGAUGAGGACGAGGACGAGGACGAGGUCGAUGAUCAGGAUGACGACGAGGGUGACGAGGAUGACGAGGAGGAGGACGUGGACGAGGACGAGGAGAACGAGGACGGGGACAAGGACGGGGACGAGGAGAAGGUCGAGGAGUGGGAAGAAGAAGGGGACGAGAACAAGGACGAGGAUGAGGACGAGAACGAGGACGAGGAUAAGAAAGAGGACGAGGAAAAGAAAGAGGACGAGGACGAGGAGGACGAGGGGGACGAGGACGAGGACCAGAACAAGGACGACGGCGAGGACCAAGACCAAGACGAGGACAAGGACGAGGAAAAGGAAGAGGACGAGGAUAGGGACGAGGACGAGGAUGACGAGGACGAGGAAGAGGUCGAGGAAGAGGAAAAAGAAGGAGACAAGAAAAGGGACAAAGACGAGGAGGAGGACGAGGGGGAGGACGAGGACGAGGACAAGGACGAGGACGAUAACGAGGACGAGUACGAGGACGAGCACGAGGACGAGGAUGAGGACGAGGACGGAAGAGGAAGAGGAAGAGGACGAGGUCGAGAGGACAAGGACGAGAACGAGGGUGAGGACGAGAACGAGGGUGAGGACGAGGACGAGUAUGAAGACGAGGACGAGAACUAUGACGAGGACGAGGAAGAGGUUGAGGAAGAGGAAAAAGAAGGAGACAAGAAAAGGGACAAAGACGAGGAGGAGGACGAGGGCGAGGACGAGGGGGAGGACGAGGACGAGGACAAGGACGAGGACGAUAACGAGGACGAGUACGAGUACGAGGACGAGCACGAGGACGAGGAUGAGGACGAGGACGGACGAGGAAGAGGAAGAGGACGAGGCGGAGAGGACAAGGACAAGGACGAGGACGAGGAUAAGAACGAGGACGAGGACAAAGACGAGGAUGAGGACGAGGACGAGGUCGAGGACCAGGACGACGACGAGGGCGAGGACGAGGACGAGGGCGAGGAUGUGGACGACGACGAGGAAGAGGUCGAGGAAGAGGAAGAAGAAGGGGACAAGAAAAUGGAUGAGGACGGGGAGGAGGACAAGGAGAAGGACGAGGACGAGAAGCAUCUCCGACCACCACCAUCUCCCCCACAAAGCUUGCCAGCAUUCACCAUCACUGACUUCCUCUGCUCCCCCUCCGCCGUCCCCACCCUCCUCGCCACCGUCACUGACUUCCUCUGCUCCCCCUCCAUCGUCCCCACGAAGCUUGCCAGCAUAUCCUCUGUCGUCCCCACCCUCCUUGCCACUGUCACUGACUUCCUCUGCUCCCCCUCCUUCCACGAAUCCUCUGUCCUCGGGUGA